GUUAACUUCGAAAAUAGAAAAGGACUGGAAGAAUUGAUGGUUGAAAUGAAAACAAAAAAAAUAUAGUUGAGAUAUUGGUUCCCCAGCCAUUGAAGACUGGUAUUUUGUUUCAAAAUUGCAUUCAAGUGUUGCAGUCUUCCAUUUAUUCCGAAAAUGGAUACCGCCAAAUACAAUGCCAUUUGUCGAAUAUGUUUAAAUGAAUCGUCGGAGAUGAACAACAUAUUCGGCAACACCGACAGCAAUAUUUUACACAUUUUGAUCUCACUAGCCGAUAUUCAGAUCAAUGAAAAUGACGGCCUACCGGCACAGAUUUGUUCCUCAUGUUUGUAUGAAGCCAACAGUGCUUGCUUCUUUAAGAUUAAAUGUCAGGAAUCGGAUAAAUUGCUCAGGAACAGUCUACAACAGAGUGCGUACGAAGAUGUCAAAACAGAGGAAAUUCUGCACGGCAGUCACUUGCAAAGUAUUUUUAACAAUUGCAGUGAAUCAAAGACGACGAAUGAUUUUUUCAAAUCAGAAUUGAACUACGAUGCUGUGGCUGACCCAGCUAACUUUGUCAAAGACAUCUUUCAGGAGCAGGAGGUGGAGGAGGAAGGACAAACGGCUUCUAAUGUUCCUGAUAGUGAAUCUCAACCGGCUGACACAAUGGAACCGGAUGCGGGGAACUGUGAAAUCGUUACCAGUAAAGACAGAAUACAGACGGAUAAACAGCAGCCAAGUGGGGAUGUGAAAAGAAAGGCUAAUCUGCAGUGCAGUGAAUGCGAUGAAAUUUUUAACAAAAAGAUUGACCUCAAGCGUCACUUGUCGGUGGAUCACAUUCAAAAUGACGGUGAAAAAACCCACAAAUGCAUUGAAUGCUCGAAAAUGUAUUCGACGGAGGCUCUCCUAGGCAUUCACAUGAAAACGCACAGCAAAGUGUACUUGUGCGAACAUUGCGACAAGAAAUUCCACCGGCUCGACAUCUACGUGGAACAUCAGAAACGACACACGAAUUUGCGAACGCAUCUCUGUCCGAAAUGUGGCAAAGGAUUCUUCAACCAACUGUAUUUGGAGCGACACAUUGUCACGCACAACAAGGAUAAUUUGGAGAAACCAGUUUACGAGUGCACUGUGUGCGGUAAACGAAUGAAACAUUCAAAUCACUUGCUGGUUCAUAUGCGAUCACACAAGAACCGAACCGGGCCGUUGAACAUUGACAAUGAGAACAAGAAGGUGAUUCUGUGUAGCGUUUGCGGUAGGAGUUGCAGUUCGAUGAGUAAUUUGGCGGUGCACAUGAGACGUCAUUCCGGUAAAAUGACGAAUUUUUGCAAAGUCUGCGGCAAGGGUUACCCACGCACUACGGAUUUAACGAUUCACAUGCGGCAACACACCGGAGAGAAACCAUUUAUAUGCAAUUUAUGCAACCGAAGCUUUGCGAGAUCUGAUAAGUUAGUCAUCCACAUUCGCACACAUACCGGCGAGAAACCAUACGUUUGCAGCGUUUGCGGCCGUGCAUUUGCUCAAAGUAAUGACUUAGCCUCACAUAAACGACGAACGGUGUGCAGUCCACCCGAACCACCAAAUAACUCAAUCAAUACUUUGUACACAAUCGAUACGAACGACAUAAUCCAGCAGCCAAUAGCAAAUGAGUCCCAGGCCAAUGCAUCGUUUCAGCAUUCCGCCAAGUUUAUUGCAACCACGAAUAAUCAAGUGACAUUUGGCAGUGGAAGACAGUCGUAUCAACACGUCAGUGAUGACCCUAAGAUAAUUGAACAUCCUACAGUUACUGUAGCUCAACCACACUUACAGCGGUUCGGUGACUUUCAACCGCAAUAUCCGACACCAAAUUUACUACCAACGUUUACCGCGGCUUCGUAUAGAUAAGACAUUUUGUUGUUAUUGUGAGACGAAGAAGUUUUUUUUUUAAAAUAAAUUUAUAAUUUUUCGGUCGAAU